UUGUAUAAAUAGCGAUGUUCAAUUCACUUAGAAAAGAGUUAACUGUGAAGCUCUAUUGAUAAUUCAUUAAAAAUGUUGUUCUUAUUUGCAUUGUUCACGGUGACUUUUGCCAGACACGUCGAUCUCCCGUACAUUGCUUUACAUAAUCCUGAUCUCUUCCAAGGAGACAUUAUUGGAAUUGAAGAUAAUGAUGUCAGAAAUGCCAUACCGAUUGCUUCACGUCGCUGGCCGGGUGGAAAAGUGGCCUUUGUCCUCGAUUCAACUAUGGGAGAUAAGAAAUCUUUAAUUAGCCAAGCAAUGAACCACAUAAAUCAACAAACAGGCGGAUGUAUUUCUUUCAAUGAAAGACAAUUUGAAACAGAUUUCAUUAGAUUCAUCAAUGCAGAUGGUUGUUAUUCUAAUAUUGGUCGAGUUGGAGGAUCACAACCUCUAUCCCUGGGAAAAGGGUGCGAAUAUGUAGGCACUAUUGUACAUGAAAUUUUGCACGCACUCGGAUUCUAUCACGAACAGAAUCGAUCUGAUAGAGACGAUCACCUUACUAUUUAUUGGCAGAACAUUAAAAAAGGAAUGGAAGAUCAAUUUGCACUUCUUCAACCAAGUCAAAAUACUAUUUAUGACAAAUUUAAUACCGAAUCUAUCAUGAUUUAUGGAAAUUAUGCAUUUUCCAAGGACGGUGUGUCGAAAACUAUGGUAGCUAAAUCAGGAGCAAGGCUGCGAGAACCAUAUGAGAAGAGUGGUUUAACUAAUAGCGAUGUUUAUAGAAUUAAGAAGUUGUAUGGAUGUGCUUAGACCACAAAUCUAUCAAAUUGUAACUUUAUUAUCUGUCAUGAAAUAAAUAUAAAUGUUCAGAAUGUUCAUUCGAUUU